AUGCUUUCCUCAAAGCGCUUAGCGGCGUCCUCCUCGAGCUUGCUUCGGUCACGAAUGGUCAGCGGCUGCGCACAGCCUGGCGCCAAAAGUCAAAGCCCACGGCACUUUUCGGCUUCUGCCCCUAAUUGGCAGGAGUACCGAAUCGAGCGGGAUACGUUUGGCGAGCUCAAAGUGCCAGCGGACAGAUACUAUGGCUGUCAGACACAGAGGUCACUGCAGAACUUUGACAUCGGCGGCGAACAAGAGAGAAUGCCUGUACCGCUCAUCAAAGCAUUCGGCAUCCUCAAAAAAUCCGCCGCAAAGGUCAAUAUGACUUAUGGCCUCGACGAGCGGAUCGGCAAGGCAAUCCAGGAUGCGUCAGAUGAGGUCAUCUCUGGCGAGCUUGCAGAUCACUUUCCACUUGUCGUCUUUCAGACCGGCUCAGGCACGCAGACCAACAUGAACGCGAACGAGGUCAUCUCCAACAGAGCGAUAGAACUGCUGGGCGGCGAGCUAGGAAGCAAGAAGCCCGUUCACCCGAAUGAUCACGUCAAUAUGUCGCAGUCCUCAAACGACACCUUUCCUACGGCAAUGCAUGUUUCUGCCGUCAUGGAGAUCAGCAACAAGCUUCUGCCGAAUCUGACUGGCCUCAGGGAUGCAAUGGCAAAGAAAGCAGACGACUUCGAGCACAUCAUCAAGAUCGGACGGACGCAUCUGCAAGAUGCUACCCCUCUCACGCUUGGACAAGAGUUCUCUGGCUACGUACAACAAUUGAGCAACGGAAUAGAACGAGUGAAGGAUGUCUUGCCGCGACUCUCAAUGCUAGCACAAGGCGGUACUGCUGUCGGCACCGGGCUCAACACGCGCAAGGGCUUCGAUGUCAAAGUAGCGGAAGCCAUUUCGAAAGAGACCGGCCUCCCCUUCAAAACCGCACCUAACAAGUUCGAAGCGCUCGCGACGCACGAUGCGGUUGUGGAAGCAAGCGGCGCAAUGAACACGCUGGCCGUGUCCUUUAUGAAGAUCGCAAACGACAUUAGAUACCUUGGCUCUGGACCCCGAUGCGGUCUUGGCGAGUUGAGCCUGCCAGAGAAUGAGCCAGGCUCUUCCAUCAUGCCUGGAAAAGUCAACCCAACACAAUGCGAAGCCCUCACAAUGGUUGCUGCGCAAGUCAUUGGCAAUCACACUACGAUCAGUGUCGCCGGCUCGUACGGUCAAUUCGAGCUGAACGUCUUCAAGCCCGUAUUGAUCAAGAACCUACUACAGUCGAUCCGAUUGCUGUCUGAUGGCGCCAAGUCUUUCAACGAGCACUGCGUCGUCGGUAUCACCGCCAACGAGAAGCGGAUAGGUCAACUGCUCAACGAGUCUCUCAUGCUCGCAACUAUCUUGAACAAGCGCCUCGGCUAUGACAAUGUUGCAAAGUGCGCCAAGAAGGCUCACAAGGAAGGCACAACCCUCAAGGAGGCUACCCUUUCGCUCGGACUGCUCAGCUCCGAGGAGUUUGACGAGACCGUGCGACCAGAGCUCAUGCUCGGACCGACUGCCUAG